AUGAGCAAAGCUCACACCUCCCCCCCCCAGUUGAAAAAAUUUAUGGACAAGAAGUUAUCAUUGAAAUUAGAUGGUGGCAGCCAUGUCCAAGGAAUAUUGCAAGGAUCCGAUCCCUUUAUGAAUCUCCUGAUAGAUAAAUGUGUGGAUAUAGCAACUAGGGGACAACAGGACAAUACUGGAAUGGUGGUAUCAUGA